GUCAAAUUCUCGGUCGACGUUCAGAGCGCUCGCUGAGUCUGCCAGCGAAACAGCAGACGUACUUCCUUUUGCACAAAUAUCUGCACUGCCCUCCCCACCCCCGCCCCUCUGACCGUCAUUGAUCUUCACAUACAUCUUCCCAGCCGUUGCCUCUGAUCCACCCUUUCGUUUCAGACGGUGCGCCCGCCAGCAAUUUACCUCUGAACAUCACUUCCUGCCGUAUGCGCUGGAGCCUCAAAUCAUUUCCGCAACAGUCGCCAGAUCCCAGCCGCUGACCGAAUCAUCCUCCGCCGCCCGAACCUGUCAAGUUCGCUCUCCCACUCGUCUGAGCCGGGGAGGGCCUGAGAAUCCGACCUUUCUUGUUGUUGGCUUGCCAGCGUCACGGGCGCCGACGCCAGAAUCGCAACCAGCGGUCGCCACGCCUGUGGGAUAUACUCCACGCAUCCCAUAGUCGUUCCCCCCCUUGGAGCCAAAACCACGGAUCACGUUGUCUGUGUCACCUCGCGCUGGACGAUCUGCGACCUGCAGCACUUGUUAGCUUUUCCUUCCUCGGUAGCCGUCAGCAGCGUAUCUUACACGCCGUGAUCCUCGACGGCUUCUUAAAGCGCGCUGAUCCCGCCCAUCGUCCGACCUGAUCGACUUUCCCCACGUUCCGGAUUGUUUCUGGCGUUGAAUCCUCCGUGAUACCUUGACUAUCACUCCAAAACUUUCUCAUCCCAAUCGUUUACCACCACCGCCGCCGCCGCCGCCGCCGCGCCGUCGUGGUCUCUCUUUUGAAAACCCCGCCUUGCUGUCACUCUUCCAUCAUGGCAAUGGCUGUCGAUAGUCGAAACCAGCAGUCUCACCUAAAUCUACCUGGGUACGACGGUCUUCGCUACCAGCACGUCCCUCAGUUCACCAACCCGUGGUCGGCGGCAACCAGUGCGCCUCAGUCGCACAUGUACGCUCCUUCGUCCGUUGCUCCGUCCAGCGGCUUGGAUGCCUCGCAGCAAGCCCAGAGGCCAACGACACUGCCAAUGCCAGCUUAUGGAGUUCCAGUGACCGCUUCUACGGUACCAGGCGCAGGUAGCACACCCUCAGGACCUUUCUACGAUGUACAGAAUGGAAUUGACAUGUCCCAAGAUUUGCUCAACGCUCCUCGUUCGUACGGUGCUCAGUAUUCCACGGCGGGCGCCAGCACAAGCUAUGCUCAGACAUCAGCGCCUGGCUACCCAAUGGAUUACGCCAGCAGCAAGAGUCCGGCGGCAUACCAGCAAUCGUUCGAAAGGCGAUCAUCUCACCCGUCAGUAUCCUCCGAGGCCCUUCUGGAUCCGCAGUUAGAUCCCUAUCGCCGGAACUCUUUGAUUGACAUGGACAGAUUGAACACGCAAACAACAGCGGCACAACGCACCAGCUUCAGCGACGCCGUCGACGCCAGCAGAGGAAUGGUGUCACUCAGCCAAAGCGACAUCACGCCGCGAAACAUCUACGAUGUUCGAAAUGCCAGCCGAAGCUCGACUGAUUCGUACGGCUUCCCCUCGACGCAUUCUUCGCACUCGUCCAUCUCGUCUGCAAGCACCUAUCCGUCGUCCUACGGCUACAAUCCGUCCGUAGCAGGCUCAGACAUCUCCGACUACAGCUCUGCGUCCGAAUCCGUGGACGUGAACUCGAGGACCUUGCCCCGUCCGACCAACUUCCCAGGAACAGCACCACCCCCUCAGUCUAUGAUGGGCCAGUUCAGUUCCAAGGUUUCGUCCAGCUCGCAGAAGAAGCACAAGUGCAAGAUUUGCGACAAACGGUUCACGCGGCCGAGCUCGUUGCAAACGCAUAUGUACAGCCAUACCGGCGAGAAGCCAUUUGCCUGCGAUGUCGAGGGCUGUGGACGCCACUUCUCCGUUGUCUCCAAUCUGCGACGACACCGCAAGGUUCACAAAGGAGAGGGUCGUGAUCAUCCUUCCCCAGAGGAUUCGUAGAUCAGCGUCUGUUGAUCUGUCACAUCACUGCCUCGGUUACCGAUAUGCGCAUAAGACAUCCCAACACGGAAGAAACAGCUGUGUUGGCUUCUUUCACUCCGAGUUUAAUUCAACGUACACCAGUCGGUUGCUUUGCGACAAAUGAACGCACGUCGUUUUGUUCACGGCAAACCCGUGGCGCAGUUCGUGCGUUGGACACGUUUGUGCUAGACGUUCGCUACUGAUACCCUGGGCUUCUGAGAGGCUGCCCUCUUUUACGAAAUGGCGUUAAUGGAGAGCAAGGACGCAAUUUUGUUUUUCCUCUUUUUUUUUUUUUUCUCUUUGAUUGACGGACAUAUUGUGCCUAAUAUUCUUGCGGGCAUUCAAGACAGAAGGCUCGCGAUACCCCAUUAUACACUGUAUUAUUAUGCUGAUCGUUUUGGAGAAAACACAUAAUGAUGUAAGGGUGGUGCGCCUUUUGCUACAGCUACGUGCUACGGUCACUAUCACUCGCUACUCAGAGAGAGCAUGCUUUGCACUCGAUAUGCUUUGCGCCCCUCCCCCUUCGUUAAGAAGGUCACGUGUACGAUAUGAAAGUUGGGUUAAGUUAGAGAGGAAAAUCAUGGAUUGAUUGCGGAUUGAUUGGACGCUACAAAAAGCAAAAGUCCACUGGCCAGGUGUGUUACGUUGUAAGCUAAGCAAAGAGAGCACUUGCAUCAGACAAUGACAGGAGCCCCGUGCUUGCC